AUGGGCAAGUGCCUGCUGCUCGUUCCGCUGUCCAUCUUUGGCGAGUUCGACGGCAUCGUCCCCCUAUCUUCAUACGCAGAGGACUUCUUCUCCGAAGACUUUGUGACCGGCGACGCGAUUGACGAGUUCUGGCCGGGCGACUUUGGGGACGCCCCUGACGUGGAUAUCGACUCGGACGAGUACACAAUGCCAUACGUAGAGAUCGCGGCCGCGAUUGAGGAUGACAAAGACACGAGAUGGAAGGAUCCGAUUGUGCCCAUCGGCUUGAAGCGCGAGGAGCCAUCGAGACUUCCUGUGCCUAAGGAACUGGUAGGAGAAUUCAGACGUACGGAGGCCUCAGGUGAGACCACUGCGGAUAUUCAAGCCACCUAUCACCAGCUCAACAAGCGUAACACUGUCGCGGCCAUUCUGAGGGCCAUUUUGGCCUUCGUCGGGCGUUUUGCAUCUGCUACCAGGACCGUGGUCGGGAGAUUCGCGACCAUCGGUCAGCGGACGAGUGCUCGUCUCAAGGACUUGGCCGCAAGGGGCGGUGCCCGUCUUGCGAAAAGUGGCGGCAAGAAGACGCUCGAUGAGAUGAAGAACGCGGCUCGCACGAUUUCCAAGAACAAAAACUGGAAGAAUUGUCUGAAUGGAGUCAAGCCGUCGAGAACGGCGGCAUGA